AUGGCCAAUAAAUGUAACAGCUGUGGUAAAUUCACAUCCUCAGCAGAUGGCGCUAAGUGCAAGAAAUGCUCCCUUACUUUCCAUCGUGGGUGUUUAUCGAACUCGAGCCCUGGCAAUACAGCUGCACCUAAAUGGUUAUGCAAAGGCUGUAAAAGCAACGACGGGUGUGCAGAUGCUUUUUUAGAUGAUAAUAGUGUUAGUAGUAUCGAAGCUAUGACAAAAGCAAUUGAACUCCUACGCACUGAGCUAUCGGCUUGCACAAAGGAGAUGUGUUCGUUUAGGCAGGAAAUUGGCUCCAUUAGAUCAAGUUUGGUUGAGUUUAACAGCCGCAUAGACGCAUUUGAUGAACGUUUGUCUAAGUUAGAAAGGGAAAAAGAGAUCCUAGACACUAAUGAAAACACCAUAGCCCAGCUUAGAGCGGAUAUUAAUGAGCGAGAUCAGGAGCUGUUGCUCAAUGACAUAGAGAUCACCGGUAUAACGGAGCUCGACGGCGAAAAUCUUACGCAUGUAGUCAACCUGGUUGGUAAUAAAAUAGGGGUAAACAUCGAUGAACGCGAUAUAGUGAGUGUGCAGCGCGCCGGUCCCCGCCGAACUUCAGCUACAUCGACUCGGCCUCGAACCCGAGCCAUCUGUGUGCGCCUGGCCCGACGUACUGUCCGCGACGAGAUACUACGCGCGGCGCGCGUGAGACGGGGGGCGGACUCGGCCGGCUUUAACAUUGAUGCACAGCCACGACGAUUUUACGUCAACGAGCGUCUCACUCGCACUAACCGUCAAUUAUUUUACGCUGCUCGCGCGAAAGCUAAGGAAGCGGGUUGGCGGUACGUGUGGACGCGAAAUGGGCGCAUAUUCGCGCGCCGAGAUGCUGGUUUAAAUAAUAUUAGACAUCGUAUUGGAUCUACCAAUGACAUUGAAAAGGUUUUUUGUGUAUAG